AUGUCAAACGUAAAAGACGCCUACGAAAACGGUGCAGAAGUCCCCGAGACUAUCAGUGAGAAAGUAGACAUUAGUAAAGAAUUAAACUUAUUGCUUAGACCAGAAUCUGUUUCUGUUAUAAAGAUGAUGCAAAAAACUCGUGUCAACAAACUUGCACGUGUGUUGUUUGAUCCUGGAUCAGAUGAAUCUUACAUCCAUCGUAGAAUUUUGCCCGCUGGAAUCAAUGGAAAAACCGUGAAGAAACAAAUUGGAACGAUAAGCGGCAAACAAUCUUUGACCACGCAAGUCAUAAACAUUGAGGGAAUCGUUUUCCCUGAAUUUUCUCCCACGCAAAAAGUGGAAUCCACGUUUGAAACAAUUGUUUUUGAUUCAGACGCGAGGUACGAUAUGAUUAUUGGAAAUAAUAUUUUACUUCCCCUUGGAAUCGAUUGUUGCGGAUCUACCAAAACAAUCAAAUGGAUGGACAAACACGUACCUUAUAAGCCGCCCGAAUCUGGCCUCAGUCCUCAAACUACUGAUCCAAACGAAGAUACAUCCAUGUUGAUGGCGCAAUUGAUGGCAACCCAUUGCUAUCACUCAGACCCUGAUGAAAGUCUCAAUGAACACAUUGAGCAACAGAUAUCUCAUUCCUUUAAUAUUGCAGAAUCCAAAUAUGAUUUGGUUCCCUUGGAACAUGUUACCAAGCAACAACGGCAUCUAAAUGGUAAACAACAGAACGAUCUUUACAAUGUUAUAAAAGACUUUGAACCCUUGUUCAACGGUAACCUCGUUCGUUCGGGCAAACUUGGCCCUUUCAAAGGUCCUAAAGCACACCUCAAGCUUACUCCCGAAGCAAAACCAUUUCAGAACCGUCCAUAUUCUGUCCCCAAGAGUCAUGAAGCUUUCUUCAAGAAAACUAUAGAUGAAAUGGUCCAAUGGGGUAUUUGGAGAAAUGCGGUCCAAUGGACUACUUAUCUCCCACCUUUAUUGUUCCGAAAAAGGAUGCUUGACCUUUUGAUGUUUCUCUACACAUUUGAAAUGGACGAAGCGUCGAAGGACCUUUGUGGCAUUGUCACACCCUUCGGCAACUAUCGUUACACGCGUCUUCCUAUGGGCGUCAAACAAUCUCCUGACAUUGCUCAAGCACACAUUGAACAGCUCCUUGCUGAGUUCAAAGAAGCAGACGUCUACAUUGACAAUGUUGGAAUCUUUUCCAACGAUUGGAACUUGCACAUGGACAGCCUCAGAAAAAUCUUGCGAAUCUUGCAAGAUCAUGGUUUUACCUGCAAUCCGCUGAAAUGUGAAUUUUGUGUGCAAGAAACUGAUUGGCUUGGUUAUUGGCUCAUGCCUACUGGAAUCAAACCGUGGAAAAAGAAGAUUGACACGAUCCUCAGACUCUAUCAACUGGCACAGUUGAACUACACUGUUGGAGAAAAAGAAAUUCUCUCCAUUGUGGAAACUCUCAAAGAGUAUCGUACCAUGCUGUAUGGUGUCAAGGAACUACAUGUCUACACUGACCACAAAAAUCUGACCUUCCAGAAUCUCCAAAGCCAACGCGUCCUACGCUGGCGCCUCUUCCUCGAAGAUUUCCAUCCAAUUUUCCAUUACAUUAAAGGAGAACACAACACUCUCGCCGAUGCCCUUUCUCGCCUAACUAUGACACCGCCUCGGUGGCAGAAUGACAACCCUAAGGAUCCCAUUGACUUAUAUCGUCGACCGAUUGGAGCCUACCAAGAGUAUGCCCCUCUCAUUGAAACAACAUCCAAUGUUGACCUAUCAUCAAAUGAUAACAGAACCACAGCAUCCAAUGCUAACAUAUCAUCCCAUGAUACUCUAAAUUCAUUUUAUUCUAUGGCCACUGAUUCGCAAUUACUCAAUUGCUUUGUUCACCUGCCCGUUCAGGAUAGCUUACCUUUUGUUCUUGAUUUCAAGUCUAUCGCUGAUGCUCAAACUCAGGACGCUGAGCUUACCAAGCUGACGCAAACCAAACCUCAACAGUAUGUCCAACAUACCUUUGCACAAGACACCCAGGUGUAUUGUUAUGUGAGAGAUGCCAAUUCUCCAUUGAAGAUCUAUCUCCCAACACAAUUAUUACAACCCACCAUCCAAUGGUAUCACGCUGCUCUCAGCCACCCGGGCUCCACGCGCCUCAAGGAUACCAUGCGCAUCCAUUUUCACAAUCCAAAGUUAUCUAAUGUUAUCGAAGACUUUACCUCAAAAUGCGACACAUGUCAACGACACAAGGCUGUCGGUAGAGGCCACGGCCACACUGCUCCCAAGGAAGCUCCACUCAUCCCCUGGCAACAACUCGCAGUUGAUCUCAUCGGUCCUUGGACACUCAUGGUGGCAGGACAAGAGAUCGAGUUCAGAGCCUUGACAAUCAUUGACCUAGUAACCAACUUGGUCGAAAUUGUGUGCAUUAAGGACAAAACGUGCGCGAACGUAACGCUUCAGUUUGAAAAAAACGCUUGGCUCGCCCGUUACCUGCGCCCUGCAACCGUCAUCCAUGAAAAAGGAACCGAAUUCACGGGAUUCGACUUUCAAAAUCAUUUGAAUCUACACAGAAUUGAACCUCGUUCUAUCUCUGCCAAGAAUCCUCAAGCAAAUGCAGUUUGCGAACGGAUGCAUCAAACUAUCGGCAACUCUCUUAGAGUAUUGGUUACACUAAACCACCCUUUCAACAUCAAUGAUGCCGAACAAUUAGUUGACACUGCCAUUGCAAAUGCAGUGUAUGCACACCGCUGCUCUUAUCACGGAACUAUAACCGCUACGCCCGGAUCACUUGCCUUCCACCGUGACAUGAUCCUAGAUCUUCCAAUGCAAGCUGACCUUCAGCUCAUUCAACAACAUCGACAACAGCUCAUUGACAAAGAAUUGAUACGAGCCAAUUGUCGCCGAUUUGCUUAUGAUUAA